CUUUUAAAGAGGUGGCCCUUCAAAGCUCAAGGACUCGGGAGCAGGCUGGAUGUCUCUCUGGGUUUCAACCACAGGACUGAAGCGACGUCUGUACCCCCUUAACCUGCGUGUGCUCCUGGCCAGAACAGAGUUGCCAAGGCAGCUGUGGAAGCAGAUCUCUGGGGACAUGGCAAUGUCGAUUAUCUGGUGGUUCUGGUCUCUACUGGCCAUCUGUGUAUCCGACACAUUCCGAGAGAAGGCAGAGGAAAUCAUGAAGACCACACCGGUCAUCGAUGGGCACAACGACCUACCUUGGCAACUCCUGAAGUUGUUCAACAACAGGCUGAAUGUUUCAAAGGCCGACUUGAACACACUGACUGAAACACACACCAACAUCCCCAAGCUGAAGGCUGGCUUUGUGGGGGGGCAGUUCUGGUCCGCGUACUUGCCUUGUGACACCCAAAACAAAGACGCCGUGAAGAGGAUAUUGGAACAGAUGGAUGUCAUACACCGCAUGUGCCAACGAUAUCCUGAGACCUUCUCGUGUGUCACCAGCAGCUCAGGUAUCCGACAGGCUUUCGGAGAGGGGAAGGUGGCCAGUCUGAUUGGCGUAGAAGGUGGUCACUUAAUCGACAGCAGCCUGGGCGUCCUGCGGGCACUCUACCAUCUGGGUAUGCGGUAUCUGACCCUCACCCACAACUGCAACACACCCUGGGCCGACAACUGGAUGGUGGACAAGGGAGAUGACAAGGCUGAGAGCGAGGGACUGUCAGUCUUUGGGAAGAGAGUGCUGAAGGAGAUGAACCGCCUGGGUGUCAUGAUUGACUUGUCUCAUGUGUCCGUGGCGACCAUGAAGGACGCUUUGGAGUAUUCCGAGGCCCCGGUCAUCUUCAGCCACUCCUCAGCCUACAGCCUGUGUGAUCACAGGCGGAAUGUACCUGAUGACGUGCUCCAGCUGGUGAAGAGCAAAAGGAGUCUGGUGAUGGUGAACUUCUACAGUUACUUUGUGUCCUGCUCAAAGGAUGCCACCCUGUCCCAAGUGGCUGACCACCUGGACUACAUCAAGAAGGUGGCAGGCGCUGAGGCUGUGGGCCUUGGAGGGGACUAUGAUGGCGUUACAGAGCUUCCUGCGGGACUGGAGGAUGUUUCCAAGUACCCGGAUCUGAUAGCGGAGCUUCUGAGGAGGAACUGGACAGAGACGGAAGUCAGAGGUGUACUAUCUGAAAACCUGCUGCGGGUCUUCUCUGAAGUGGAACUGGCAAGCAAUAACAUGCAAGUUCCGGAGGAAGAACCUAUCCAACUGGAUGAGCUGGGUGGAUCCUGCAGGACCGACUAUGGCUACUCACAAGCCCCCAGCACCCACCUCCAGAUUGGGGCUCUGCUGGCCUUCCUGGUUCCUUUGCUCUUCAGUCUGAAUCUCCUGUGACAUCCUAAGGACCAGCACCUCUUUCAGUGCUCUCAGAGCUCAGGGAAGACUAGACAACCCAAGAGCACAUGUUGUCCAUGCAAAAACACACCCUCUCCCAAACAAGCAGUGUGCUGACCCGGGGACAGUUCAGGACACAUGCAAGCAAUAAAUCCCUUUAAGCACAGAGUAUGUAUGUUGUCAGUACCCCAGCCCUGGGAGGGACUUCCGAGCAUCUGGAGAGCAGAUUUUGAGAAUGGUCCCAUGUGAACAGGGACACAGGAACAGCUGAGUUCUUGGAGGGGAGGUCUAGAAGGAACCCAGAUGUCUGCAAAAUGUCUCACGUGGGCAUUGGCUAGUUUAAAAACCCAUGGUUUAGGCUUCAGUGGCUACCUCCCUGCAGCACUAACCCAUGUACAUAACACCCCUAAACAUGUACCCAUGUGCACACAGCCAUACACAUACAUACAGCACUCAGAUGCACAUAUAUAUUACACAUGGGACAUGUACUCUGACACCAUAUGAGAGUCACACAUAUGGGAAGGGAGCCAGGAGCCUUGGAGAGCAGAUCCAGAUGGGAUGGGUUCCUGGACUCUCCAAGGCUCUCACUCAGCUAACAGCAGGUCUUUCCAGUUUCACAGAGGUGGUCUCGCGUGACUGCUAGCAAACAGGGGAUCAGGACAUUCAAGGAUGCGUCUCGUGAAUAACCUUGUGAGGGACAGCAUGGAGCAGUCCUGCUGAGUGGCCAAGGACUCCUUUCUGGUCUAUACUCCUGAGACACUUCUCAUGGACACGGGCAAGGACUUCUUUGUCGAGAGCCUGUCCCUACCUGCUGAGAGGGACCCACAAAGGGUGAAGGAUAUCACUGCCUGAGUGUAUGAAGCCCCAUGGCCAUCUGUCUCUGUCCCUUUCAGAUCUACCUUCUCUGAAAAAGAGCUGGGUAGACGAUAACCACAGGGCCAUCCACCUGGCUUUAAAGUUUUCACUUUUUGAAAUAAGCUCUCAUGUAUGGUGGUCCUCUGACUCACUGUGCAGCCAUGGGAUGAUCUUGAACUUCUGAAUCUCCUGCCUUCGCCUCGCAAGUACUCCAAUUACAGGUACAGACCACCUCACUUGGUUUUUAUAUAGUGAUGAGGAUCACACCUGGGACUUGGUGCAUGCUAAGCAAACAUGCUACCAACUGUCCCCAGCCUCUGGUUGGCUUUUAGAAUCCUCCAUGUGCCAGGCUACCAAGGAAUGCAAUGAUAGGGGCCUGCCCACACCCAAGUGUGUGGAUGUUAGCACAAAACGAGAGUUGGUCAUGUCCCUGUGUCUGUCACAACAUGUCCCACCAAGCAGCAUCCUUCUCAAGUCUGGUCUAAAUGCCUUAGGGAACAUCUGUGGCUAUGUAGGAUCAAUGCAGAGGGGGAAAUGCUUAGUACAGGAUUCUGUGCCCAUUAUCUGGCUAAAGCUGUGGGAAAGGUCCCCCUGGUGUAUUUCCGGUGUAUUACACCACAUUUUGUCAGCUGGAAAGUAAAGUCACAGAGCUCCUAAAAUAAUCCUAGACCCAAGUAUAGUGUUACAUAUUAUACAUUAUAUAUAUAUACUGUAAUGUAUACAAAAUAUACAUUACAAAGUAUACAAGUAUAGUGUUACAGACCUAUAACCCUGGCUCUCAGAGGGCUGAGCCAAGAAGAUCAGUAACUUGAGAUCAGUCCAGGCUACAGGGAAAGACUCUGAACAGUUCUUGCUGCUUCUGCAACUGACUAUAUGAAUAUUUUAAAAAUAAAAGAAUAAAAAAGUUAUAAUUCUAAUUAUUAUAGUCCAGUAUAAGAAAUGCACACGGAUUAAGAAAAUAGGGAGAAUACAUGGAGUAGGAGGGGUGAGUGCACAAUAACACUGACCGUGAACACCAGCAGAAAAGGGCAGGGUUAUACAAGUUACACUAGGAGAUGUGAGUGUAACCUCCUGCUGUAGAAAGCUUAUUUCCACAUGAGUAAGCGGGAAUAUAAAACGUAGGGCUUGGGAGAAGCUGGGAGCACUGGCUGCUCUUCCAGAGAAUCCCAGCAUCUGUAUGACAGCUCACAGCUGUCUCUAACUCCAGUUCAGGGGGAUCUCUGGCUCUUUUCUGGCUUCUGCAGACACUGCACUGGCAAAAUAACCAUACACAUAAAAUGUUUAAAAUUUUUAAGGGCGGUGGGGUGGAACUCGGUAGUGCACUUUUUUUCUUUUUCUUUUUUUUUUUUUUUAAAGAUUUAUUUAUUUAUUAUGUAUACAACA